UACACCACAUCAUCAAACCGAUCAAUUCCAACAAUCUUGUACUCUUACAUCACGAUUACAGUUUCUUAAAUUCUUAUUAGCAUUCUCGUUCACAUAUUUCAUAAACCGUACAUCUGCCCACGCGGUUUCCAAAUCACCACGUACUCAACGUUUGUUCACUAGACCUUCUUUUUUGUUACCAAAUUUUUAA